CUGCGAAAGGGGGGCGAGGAGAGAGGCCACGGGUUUUAGCACUUCCGCGCGAUUAUAAAUUCACGUGAAAGGCCCUCGGUCACGGCUGAAUCGGUGCGCUUCCCUUUCUUGGCGGCGGCGGCGGAGAGGGAGGCAGAAGAGGAGGGGGGAAAAGGGAAAGAAGGUAACGAGGUCUGCUGUAUGUCAGAUCGUAGUGACGAGGGAUAUUACGGCGGAUUCGGAGAGCUCGCAAACCCAUUGCAAUGGCCGCAGCUGAGGAAAAGACGACGCCCAGAUUCUCUAGCGCCGAAGCCGUUAGCGGGGGCGCCGGUGGGGGAAAGGGUGGCGGCGUUGGAGCGGCGGCUGGAUGGGCUGCAGAGGAUGCCGCUGGAGGCCACGGCGGUGCAAAGACUAUGAACGCCGGUGUUCUUAUCCGGCCUGUCGAUGAUUUACCGGAUCCACCGGCAAAGCCUUCUACCAAGGGCAUCCAGGUGAUGCCGAGGGCUCAGACAAGCCACCCUUUAGAUCCGUUAUCUGCUGCGGAAAUUUCAGUGGCUGUAGCAACAGUUAGAGCUGCCGGGAAGACCCCUGAGGUGCGAGAUAGCAUGCGAUUUGUUGAAGUAGUUCUUUUGGAACCAGAGAAAAGUGUUGUGGCCCUUGCCGAUGCCUACUAUUUCCCUCCAUUCCAACCAUCACUGCUCCCAAGGACAAAAGGUGGUCCUGUCAUACCCAGUAAGCUUCCGCCUAGGAGGGCUAGGCUUGUGGUCUACAACAAGAAGUCAAAUGAGACGAGUAUAUGGAUUGUUGAGCUGACAGAAGUACAUGCAGCAACUAGAGGUGGUCAUCACAGGGGAAAGGUCAUCACGUCAGAUGUAGUUCCAGAUGUCCAACCUCCUAUGGAUGCUAUGGAAUAUGCAGAAUGUGAAGCUACAGUAAAAGAUUUCCCGCCAUUCAGGGAAGCCAUGAGGAAGCGAGGCAUUGAGGACAUGGAUCUGGUUAUGGUUGAUGCAUGGUGCGUUGGUUACUAUGGCGAGGCAGAUGCCCCUAGCCGCAGAUUGGCUAAACCAUUGAUCUUUUGUAGAACUGAGAGUGACUGUCCCAUGGAGAAUGGUUAUGCUCGUCCUGUUGAAGGCAUCCAUGUUGUUGUUGAUAUUCAGAAUGUGGUGGUUAUUGAAUUUGAGGAUAGAAAGCUGGUACCUCUACCUCCUGCUGAUCCGUUGAGAAACUACACUUCAGGGGAAACACGAGGAGGUGUCGACCGAAGUGAUGUGAAGCCUCUGCACAUUCUUCAGCCUGAAGGUCCAAGUUUUCGUGUCAAUGGUCACUUUGUUGAGUGGCAGAAGUGGAACUUCCGAAUUGGUUUCACUCCUAGAGAGGGUUUGGUAAUCUAUUCUGUUGCAUAUAUUGAUGGUAGUCGUGGACGUAGGUCAAUAGCUCAUAGGUUGAGUUUUGUUGAAAUGGUUGUUCCGUACGGAGAUCCUAAUGAACCUCAUUACCGGAAGAAUGCAUUUGAUGCUGGUGAGGACGGGCUAGGAAAAAAUGCGCAUUCUCUAAAGAAGGGGUGCGACUGUUUGGGCUUCAUCAAAUACUUUGAUGCUCAUUUUACAAAUUACACUGGUAGCGUAGAAACUAUUGAACAAUGUGUAUGCUUGCAUGAAGAGGACCAUGGGAUUUUGUGGAAGCAUCAGGAUUGGAGAACUGGCCUUGCAGAAGUUAGACGUUCAAGAAGGCUUUCUGUGUCAUUUAUAUGUACAGUGGCUAACUAUGAAUAUGGUUUCUUCUGGUAUUUUUAUCAGGAUGGAAAGAUUGAAGCUGAGGUAAAGCUAACUGGAAUUCUAAGCUUGGGAGCACUGCUACCCGGUGAAUCAAGAAAAUAUGGUACUACAAUUGCUCCUGGCUUAUAUGCGCCAGUUCAUCAACAUUUCUUUGUUGCUCGUAUGGACAUGGCAAUUGAUUGCAAAUCUAAUGAAGCUUUUAAUCAGGUGGUGGAGGUGAAUCUUAAAGUUGAAGAACCGGGCAAAAAUAAUGUCCACAAUAAUGCAUUCUAUGCAGAAGAGACAGUUCUUAGGACAGAAUCGCAAGCUAUGCGUGAUUGUAAUCCUUCAUCAGCACGACACUGGAUAGUGAGGAACACAAGAACCGUCAAUCGAACGGGACAAUUUACAGGCUACAAACUCUUACCUGGUUCAAAUUGCCUGCCAUUAGCUGGCCCGGAGGCAAAAUUUCUAAGAAGAGCUGCCUUUUUGAAGCACAAUCUUUGGGUUACAUCAUAUAGCCGUGAUGAACUGUACCCUGGAGGAGAGUUUCCCAAUCAAAAUCCACGUGUAAAUGAGGGAUUGGCUACAUGGGUUAAGAAGAAUAGGUCACUUGAGGAAACGGAUAUCGUUCUCUGGUAUGUAUUUGGAAUUACACACGUUCCUAGGUUGGAGGACUGGCCCGUCAUGCCUGUUGAUCGCCUAGGGUUUAUGCUCAUGCCUCAUGGUUUCUUUAACUGCUCCCCAGCUGUGGAUGUGCCGCCUAGUGACAUUGAGCUCAAGGAGAACCCAAUCUCAAAGCCAAUUCAGAAUGUUUUGCUCAGUAAGUUGUGAAGAAAUGCAAGAGCGAGUGAGAAUCUAAACAAUCUGUGACUGAAAAAAUGUGUAUUGUAAUGAAUAAUAUUGUGCUAGGAUGCUUUAACUACCAACAAACUUCCUUUGAAACUUUUCACUAUUAUUUGAAAUUUUGAAGGCCAGCAGUUUGAAGGAAAUGAAAUAAAUUUGUCAGCCAUUUAGCGAGCA